CGCUCGUUCGCCAUCAGUACAGUUCACGUACCCGUUGAAGUCGUUUCGUUUCGCUGUUUUAAACACAACACUACUAUCCCACAAUGUCUGGCCGUGGCAAAGGAGGCAAAGUUAAGGGAAAGGCAAAGUCCCGUUCCAACCGCGCCGGACUGCAGUUCCCAGUCGGUCGUAUCCACCGUCUGCUCAGGAAGGGCAACUACGCCGAGCGCGUUGGUGCCGGUGCCCCAGUGUACUUGGCUGCCGUGAUGGAAUAUCUGGCUGCUGAAGUACUCGAGUUGGCAGGAAAUGCCGCUCGUGACAACAAGAAGACCAGAAUCAUACGUCAUCUGCAGUUGGCCAUCCGCAACGACGAAGAGUUGAACAAACUGCUGUCCGGUGUCACCAUCGCCCAGGGUGGUGUUUUGCCCAACAUCCAGGCUGUUCUGCUGCCCAAGAAGACCGAGAAGAAGGCAUAAGCUGCUUCUCCGUGUGCCCGCACCCAAAACCCAAAAACCGUCCUUUUCAGGACGAC